UGAUUGGAAGCUGGCAUCGAACGUGUUGCAAACGAUUUUCUUCUGAUUAGGCGGCGUUGUUUUCUUAUUGAUUAAAGCUCGGAAGACCUGCAUUAAAAACUUAAAAAAUGUCUUUAGCCGACGAACUAUUGGCUGAUCUCGAGGAAGACAAUGACAACGAAAUUGAUGAGCUGCAAAAUAUGGAUGAGGAUGAGGAGGCAGCACAGGAGAUAACAGAAAAGCUUCUCAAGCCACAGGUAAAUCUCAUGGAAGUUGAUGUGCAGGUGCAAUCCGUACGAGAGCUCUGCAAGUUGCGCGACUCUGAACGUCUGCAGUACGUGCUAAAACAAAUCGAGCAAUAUGGUAGCAGACAGCGUACCUCAGCGGAGAUGCUGGGAAAUGUGGAAUCGGACCCUGAAUAUCAGCUUAUCGUGGAGGCCAAUGCUAUAGCGGUGGAUAUUGAUAAUGAAAUCUCAAUUAUACACAAAUUUGCCAAAGAGAAAUAUCAAAAGCGUUUUCCCGAACUGGACUCGCUGAUUGUUGGUGAAAUUGAGUAUCUGUAUGCGGUGAAAGAGUUGGGCAAUGACCUUGAGCAGGUGAAGAACAAUGAGAAAUUGCAGGCCAUACUAACGCAAGCCACUAUUAUGAUUGUAUCAGUUACAGCGUCAACAACGCAAGGCACUGAACUGACACCUACCGAAAAGGCCCAGAUUGAUGAAGCCUGCGAAAUGGCAAUCGAUUUGAACAAUUUCAAAUCACAAAUUUAUGAAUACGUAGAAAGUCGCAUGACCUUUAUUGCGCCCAAUCUUUCCAUGAUCGUGGGUGCAUCGACCGCAGCAAAACUGCUGGGCAUAGCUGGUGGUUUAACAAAACUAUCAAAAAUGCCUGCUUGUAAUGUACAAGUGUUGGGCUCACAAAAGAAAACUUUAUCGGGUUUUUCGAAAACACAAAUGCUACCACACACAGGAUAUGUUUACUUCUCACAGAUUGUGCAAGAUACAUCACCGGAUCUUCGUCGCAAAGCAUCGCGUUUGGUUGCCGCCAAGGCCGUACUUGCUGCACGCGUAGACGCUUGUCACGAAAGUGUGCAUGGUGAAUUUGGCUUGAAGUUCAAAGAAGAUAUUGAGAAGAAGCUGGAUAAGUUGCAAGAACCACCGCCAGUUAAGUUUAUCAAACCACUAUCCAAGCCGAUUGAGGGUAGCAAGAAGAAACGUGGUGGCAAGCGUGUGCGCAAGAUGAAAGAGCGUUAUGCACUCACAGAAUUCCGCAAGCAGGCGAACCGCAUGAACUUUGGCGAUGUAAGGGCAAUUUGGUUUUGA